AAAGCGAGGAGCUGGUUGCUGGUGUUGUGCGACUCUGAACAAUAGAAGUGCCGCGGCCUGGGAACUAGCGACCGUUUGGGGUGACUUGGCAGUUGACGGGACCACGGGACCCGGGCGCGUCCGUCAUGUUCUGCGAAAAAGCUAUGGAGCUUGUCCGCGAGUUACACCGCGCGCCGGAAGGGCAGCUGCCGGCCUUUAAUGAGGACGGACUCAGACAAGUUCUGGAGGAGAUGAAAGCUUUGUAUGAACAAAACCAGUCUGAUGUGAAUGAAGCCAAGUCAGCUGGACGAGGGGAUCUGAUACCAACCGUCAAAUUUCGGCACUGUGCUUUGUUAAGAAAUAGACGCUGCACGAUAGCAUACCUGUAUGACCGGUUGCUUCGGAUUAGAGCACUCAGGUGGGAAUAUGGGAGUGUCUUGCCAAAUAGUUUACGAUUCCACAUGUCUGCUGAAGAAACGGAGUGGUUCAACCAUUAUAAAAAGUCUCUUGCUACUUACAUGAGGUCGCUGGGAGGAGAUGAAGGCUUGGACAUCACACAAGAUGUGAAGCCCCCCAAAAGCCUAUAUAUUGAAGUGCGGUGUUUAAAAGACUAUGGAGAAUUUGAAGUUGAUGAUGGCACUUCAGUCCUGCUUAAAAAGAAUAGUCAGCACUUUUUGCCUCGGUGGAAGUGUGAGCAGUUAAUCAGACAAGGAGUUCUAGAGCACGUGCUGUCCUGACUGUGUCCUGUGGUGACAGCAGCUGGAUGUGAAGCUAAGCCAACUCACAGAAGGAAACGUCCUCACUGGACCUCCCCCUCCUUGGUUUUAAAUUGACAGACAUGCAUUAACAUAACCAAGAUGGGCUGGGGUCCAGCUCAUUGGUAGAGCACCUGCUUAGGAUUUGAGAAACCCAGAGUUUCAUCCCUAGUACCUCAAGAAACAAGACAACAAAAAUCAAAGACAAAACCAAGAACUCUUGGCUAGGAGCAUAAGCUGCCAGCUCUUAAGCCUUUGUUACAGGUUAUAUCUCUAGUUAUUCCAUUCCCACAGUAAUAUUGUACUCUUAUAAUUGAAAAUAAACAGUCUUUGGUUUGAAUCUGUUUUCACAA